AUGGCGAAAACAGUUAGUGAGCAAACUUCUGAAAUACUACCAUCCGAUGCGAUGUCAGCAGCAACCGCUGCUCAUAUGCGACAUUUAGCAGACGAUAUGUACAACAAAAUUGCUGUAUAUCUUCAAGGGCAAAUUGAGAGUACUAUCGCUGAGUACAAACUUCUGGAGGACAUGAAUGAUGUUACAUGUCAACGUUAUGAUGACAUGAAACAUGUUGCAAACGGUGUUGCGGAAAAAUUAUCACUGCUUAACUCUAGAUAUGAGAUUCUUCGUCCAUAUUUGCAUCAGAUUGAUGAAAUCGAUGAAAAUACGAGAAAUCUUGAGGACGCUGCCAAUACUCUUGAUCGUUAUGUGACAGCCUUGGAAUCGAAAUUCCGAGAACUGCAGCAUAAUAGUACUAAUUCUCCAAGUUGA